GUUGUUGAGGCUGAGGAUUGACUUGGGUUCUGAGAGACUCCUGUCCCGGACCGCAGUGUUAAAAAGACCUGAAAACAUUUGCUGAAACCUCUUGCUGUGAGAUAGCAGAACUUUUGAACAGGUUUCUCCACACAUAAAAAUCUUCUUAAAAAUACGAAGAAUGGCAGCAGAAACACAGACACUAAACUUUGGGCCUGAAUGGCUCCGUGCUCUGUCCAGUGGUGGGAGUAUCACGUCCCCUCCUCUUUCUCCAGCCCUGCCAAAGUAUAAAUUAGCAGAUUAUCGAUAUGGCCGAGAAGAAAUGUUAGCACUUUUCCUUAAAGACUACAAGAUACCUUUUGAUCUUCUGGAGAAAGAAUUCCUGCCUAUCCUACAGGAGGAGCCCUUGCCACCCUUGGCUUUAGUACCCUUUACAGAAGAAGAGCAGAGAAACUUUUCCAUGUCUGUAAAUAGUGCCGCUGUCCUGCGAUUGACAGGACGAGGAGGAGGAGGAGGAACAGUGGUGGGGGCUCCUAGAGGUCGAAGUUCUUCAAGAGGGCGAGGCAGAGGUAGAGGUGAAUGUGGUUUCUACCAAAGAAGUUUUGAUGAAGUUGAGGGUGUGUUUGGGCGAGGAGGUGGCAGAGAAAUGCAUAGAUCACAGAGCUGGGAAGAAAGGGGUGACAGGCGCUUUGAAAAACCAGGAAGAAAAGAUGUAGGGAGACCAAAUUUUGAGGAAAGUGGACCAACAUCUGUGGGGAGAAAGCAUGAAUUUAUACGGUCAGAAAGUGAAAACUGGCGAAUCUUUAGAGAGGAACAAAAUGGAGAAGAUGAAGAUGGAGGUUGGCGAUUAGCUGGAUCAAGAAGGGAUGGAGAGAGGUGGCGGCCUCACAGCCCUGAUGGCCCUCGUUCUACAGGCUGGCGGGAACACAUGGAACGCCGCCGGAGGUUUGAGUUUGAUUUUCGAGAUCGAGAUGAUGAGCGGGGUUACCGAAGGGUGCGCUCUGGCAGUGGGAGCAUAGAUGACGACAGGGAUAGCUUACCGGAAUGGUGUUUAGAGGAUGCUGAAGAAGAAAUGGGCACAUUUGACUCAUCUGGAGCAUUCCUUUCUCUAAAAAAAGUGCAGAAAGAACCUAUUCCUGAAGAGCAGGAAAUGGACUUCAGGCCUGUGGAGGAGGGAGAGGAGCGCUCUGACUCUGAUAGCAGCCAUAACGAAGAGGCCAAAGAACCGGAUAAGACAAACCGGAGAGAGGGGGAGAAAACAGACAGAGCAGGGUCUGAAACUAGUGAGGAAGUACCCCAGACAUCAUUGUCAUCUGCUACUCCAGGUACCACUUCAGAUAAUCAGCCUCAAGAAGCAGCACAGUUUGAGAGGAAAGAUGAACCCAAAGCUGAACAAAUGGAAAAGGCUGAAGAUGAGAGUCGGUCAGAAAAUAGUGUCCCAGCCAAGGUCCCCAGCAGAGGGGAUGAAACGGUGCCUCCCUCCCAGCACCCCUCCACACAGCUUCCUCCAGACACAGCCUCUCCUCACCUCAUCCUGCCACCUCCUGUUCCUACUCCUAGUUCUGCCUCACGGCCAGUUGAGACAGCAGCUGUUGAAGCUCCUGGUAUGAGCAGUGUUUCCACAGAGCCAGAUGAUGAAGAGGGCCUCAAACACUUGGAACAGCAAGCAGAGAAGAUGGUGGCUUAUCUCCAAGACAGUGCACUAGAUGACGAAAGAUUGACAUCCAAACUGCAAGAGCACCGCGCUAAAGGGGUGUCAGUCCCACUGAUGCAUGAAGCAAUGCAGAAGUGGUAUUACAAAGACCCUCAGGGGGAGAUCCAAGGUCCCUUUAACAAUCAGGAGAUGGCUGAAUGGUUUCAGGCGGGCUAUUUUACUAUGUCUUUGCUGGUGAAGAGAGCAUGUGAUGAAAGCUUCCAGCCCCUUGGUGAUAUCAUGAAAAUGUGGGGAAGGGUUCCUUUCUCUCCAGGCCCAGCUCCCCCUCCUCAUAUGGGAGAAUUGGACCAGGAACGCCUGAGCAGACAGCAGGAGCUCACUGCCUUAUACCAGUUACAGCAUCUCCAGUACCAGCAGUUCUUAAUCCAACAACAGUAUGCACAGGUGUUGGCUCAACAGCAGAAACCAGCGUUGACAUCUCAGCAACAGCAACAGCUGGCUCUCCUUCUGCAGCAGUUCCAGGCUCUGAAGAUGAGAAUGUCUGAUCAGAACAUCAUUCCCUCAGUAACUAGGUCUGUGUCAGUGCCAGAUACUGGCUCUAUCUGGGAGCUUCAGCCAACAGCCUCACAGCCUGCAGUUUGGGAAGGUGGUAGUGUAUGGGAUCUUCCACUGGAUACCACAACACCAGGUCCUUCCCUGGAGCAGCUUCAGCAGCUAGAGAAGGCCAAAGCUGCAAAGCUAGAACAGGAGAGAAGAGAGGCAGAAAUGAGGGCAAAAAGGGAAGAGGAGGAGCGAAAGAGGCAAGAAGAACUCCGGAGACAACAGGAGGAAAUCCUUCGGAGGCAACAGGAGGAAGAAAGGAAAAGACGGGAAGAAGAGGAGCUUGCUCGAAGGAAGCAGGAGGAGGCUCUGAGACGCCAGCGGGAACAAGAGAUUGCGCUAAGGCGACAGCGAGAAGAGGAGGAAAGACAGCAGCAGGAAGAAGCUCUUAGAAGAUUGGAGGAACGGAGGAGAGAAGAGGAGGAAAGGAGGAAGCAGGAAGAACUGUUACGCAAGCAGGAAGAGGAGGCUGCCAAAUGGGCCCGGGAAGAGGAAGAAGCCCAGCGUCGACUGGAAGAGAACCGGCUGCGCAUGGAGGAAGAGGCAGCCAGACUUCGGCAUGAAGAAGAGGAACGAAAACGGAAGGAACUGGAGCUGCAGCGGCAGAAGGAUCUGAUGCGCCAGAGGCAGCAGCAGCAAGAGGCUCUCCGAAGGCUGCAACAGCAGCAGCAGCAACAGCAGCUUGCACAAAUGAAGCUUCCCUCUUCAUCAACGUGGGGUCAGCAGUCUAACACAGCAACAUGUCAGUCCCAGGCCACACUGUCAUUGGCUGAGAUCCAGAAGCUGGAAGAAGAACGAGAACGCCAGCUUCGAGAAGAGCAAAGGCGUCAGCAGAGAGAAUUGAUGAAAGCUCUCCAGCAGCAGCAGCAGCAACAACAACAACAGAAACUCUCAGGUUGGGGGAAUGUCAGCAAACCUGCAGGUACCACCAAGUCUCUACUAGAGAUCCAGCAGGAAGAGGCCAGGCAGAUGCAGAAGCAGCAGCAGCAGCAGCAACAGCAGCAACAGCAGCACCAGCAAUCCAACAGAGCCCGGAACAGCACACAUUCCAACCUGCACACCAGCAUUGGGAAUUCUGUAUGGGGCUCUAUAAACACAGGUCCUCCUAACCAGUGGGCAUCUGAUCUAGUCAGUAGUAUCUGGAGUAAUGCAGACACCAAAAACUCCAACAUGGGGUUUUGGGAUGAUGCAGUGAAAGAGGUGGGACCUAGAAAUUCAACAAAUAAAAAUAAAAACAACGCCAGUCUCAGUAAAUCUGUAGGUGUGUCUAACCGGCAGAAUAAGAAAGUAGAAGAAGAAGAAAAGUUGCUGAAGCUCUUUCAGGGAGUAAAUAAAGCCCAAGAUGGAUUUACCCAGUGGUGUGAACAGAUGCUUCAUGCCCUUAAUACGGCAAAUAACUUGGAUGUUCCCACGUUUGUUUCUUUCUUGAAAGAAGUGGAGUCUCCUUAUGAAGUCCACGACUAUACCAGGGCCUAUUUAGGAGAUACUUCUGAGGCCAAGGAGUUUGCCAAGCAGUUCCUUGAGCGCCGUGCCAAACAGAAAGCCAACCAGCAGCGUCAGCAGCAGCAGCAGCAGCAGCAGCAACAGCAGCAACAGCAGCAACAGCAGCAGCAGCAGCAGCAGCAGCAGCAGCAGCAGCAGGACUCUGUCUGGGGGAUGAACCAUAGUACACUCCAUUCGGUAUUUCAGACCAAUCAAAGCAACAACCAACAAUCAAAUUUUGAGGCUGUGCAAAGUGGCAAGAAGAAGAAAAAGCAGAAGAUGGUUCGAGCAGAUCCCAGUUUAUUAGGGUUUUCAGUCAAUGCCUCAUCAGAACGACUGAACAUGGGUGAGAUUGAGACUCUGGAUGACUACUGAGUACCUGCCGCUGUGCCAGCCUUCCCACUCCUGCCUAGUGACCAUGGUUUCUCCUCAUUGGACACAACAUACGUUCACCAUUUGCUCUGUCACCCUGCAACAAAUCACAGAACCAAUCAUCUCAGGCUUUUUUUUUCUAGCCCUUUGUGUCCAAGAUUACUUUAAACCACUGUUGGUGAGCAUCUCAGACUGUACCUAAGUGGACCAGACCCUUGUCUUGGGGGUGGCAGUUGGGAUUGCUCCCCAGCAGAGUGAAUGUUGGCACAUUCACUUGCCGUUGAUUUCAUCUACUGUCUCCUGGAAGUGUGUUGGAAUCUGCCAAUAGCAGAUCACUUUCUCUUGUCAGUCUUCUUGUUUUGUUUUGUUCUUUCUCCCCCAUCCCUCUAGCCCACCCCAUACAGACAGGGCCUUAACUGAUGCAGUCGUGAAGAGAGUUAAUGGUUAAUAGACAUUGGCCAGCAACAAAAUACCCCUUGGACAGUGACUUCUCUAUUGCCACAGACAGGCAGAACUCUGUCUGGAGGUUGCAUGGCCAUUUGUAAUGUGGGGAUUGCAUCAGAGGCCCUGAGGGGGGUGUAAAUUGGCUUGUUUGAUGUUGCACACCCUUGCUCUUCUUUCUGAAGCAAGGAUUCAUGUGUCCUUCAUUAGAUAGUGACUUUCCAAGCAAGCUGUGUUCUUCCCUGACAUACUCCAACCUUACUACUGGACAAAGGAAAGCCCAUGGCCUGGGACAGGGACUUAAUUUUCCUUUCAUAUAAAAACUGAUCCCUCCUUCCCCCAUAAAUAUUUUUACUUCAAAGGACUAGGACCAGUUUGUUUUGGGCCCUUAUGUGAAAAUUUGUCUCGUUUAAGAGGCAUCUUUACCAUAUGUAUGAAUUUGUGUAAUUUCAACUCAGAUAGGGAUAAACUUUUGCUUCUGAUUAAAGCUGGGAAUUUCAUCUGUUCCUCAGAGCACCGUGUGCAUGUUUUGCCAUGGCCCUGAAAAGGUCUUGUGAAAAGAUUCUGGGAUGGCAAGUUACUUGCCUUUUCUGAAAAGAGAAUGUACAAAGCCUGACCAUCUUUAAGACCUUCGUCUGUGGAAACCACUAUGCAGGAGGAUGCAGUGGGGUGUGGGGAUGAGCAGGCGCAGGAGCAGGAGGCCUGCUCCUACACUUCCAUAGCAAGUCUAAGUGUACUCAAGCUCUGUAGAAACAGACUCUGUCUCUGCUCCACGCCUGGCAAACAUUACCUGGGAUAGUCUAGCACCUUGGCAGCAGCUGUGGGUCGGCUGUGCCUGUGCAAGAGGCGCUGUGGUGGGCGCCUCAGCAUCCGUGCCUGGACAAGGCUGCAGUUGCUCUGAGAGCAGUUUGCUAUUGGAAUAUUAUAUUUAGUUUCUAUUUUUAUUAUUUUGGAUCACCAUUCUCCUUAUCCCUUCUUGCCUCUCUCCCUCCUAAACGUGUACAAUAACUAUACAGAGACUGCUACAAACUUGUAAAUAGUUUUUGGAUCAAAUAGCAUAAGGAGAUAGGGAACCAUUAAAAUGUGAGACUCUUCUCCUUUGCUUUGUAAAUUCAAAACGGGGGGGUGGGGAAGAGGGAUAGUUAAAAUGUUUACAAAACUUUAAGCUCCCUCGGAACUUUUGCCAGUGUGGAGGAAAAUAAAAAAACUUAAAUAAAA